GACGUCACUACUUCCACAACAACAAGAAGCUGAAAAACAAGGAAGUGAAUGAUUGUGAAGCCGUAACCUGUUAUAAGGCCGUGAAAAGAUACGCAGAGCUCCGUUUAAUCUGAUAUUCCUCAGUCUCCGGAUCAUACAAGAACAAUGAACAACAAAGGUUCAUAUCCACAGCAGGCUGUGUACCCUCAGCAGAGCACUGCACCUGUAUACCCUCCUGCUAUGCAAAUGUCUCCUCAGGCACCUCCAUACACAGACACACCACCUGCAUAUUCUGAGAUAUACCAGCCCAGAUAUGUGCUUCCACCUCAGGUGCCUGGUCAGGUGCCCCAGAUGUCAUCUCCCUACCCUGGUGCUCAGGUGUUUAUGCCCAUGCAGCCACAUAUGCCUGUCGGGCCAGUGGGCCAGAAUGUCCCCAUGGCUUACUACCACAUGGGAGCUGUGUACCCUGCUGGUUCAACAGUGAUGGUGGAGGGCGGCUAUGAUGCUGGUGCUCGCUUCACAGCAGGCAGCGGUGUUUCCAUCCCCCCCCCACCUCCUGGACACCCCCCCAAUGCAGCUCAGUUGGCUGCCAUGCAGGGUGCCAAUGUUGUAAUGACACAGCGCAAGAAUAACUUCUUCCUGGGUGGAUCCAAUGGAGGUUAUACCAUCUGGUAACAGCAACUCCUCAACUCCUCUUCCAUGCCUAAACCGUGUCCCCAUCCCAAAUGAUGCCCCAGUUCUAUCCCAUCCCAUACGCCUCCCUCUUCAGGCUGCUUGGCCAUGCCACAAUACUGAUAUCACCUAACGGAAUGUAAUAUUUUAGAGCCCUCAUGAAAGGUACAGUACUCCACUUCUGACCUAGAGAUCAAAUGAUGAAUACCACUGCCUGGAGAGGACAAAUGCAAAUUUUUAAUGUCAUAGAAUUCAUUCCAUGAUUCUUCAUUGGGUCUAACCUCUUUGGUCAUUCCAGAUUGGACCUCUUAUAGGAACCUUUAGUUGUUCAAGAGACCUGGUCUCCUUUUGAUCGAAUGGAUCACAAAUUACGUUCAGAUGUUCUUGUAUACCUGUAAAGCUACGUAAAUGAAAUGUUUAAAUAUCAGACCCGUAUUCUAUAGUUUAGCUGCUUAAUGGUGAAAGUGAAAUGCAGUUACAAAGUUGCAGUGAAAGCACUAAAAAAAAAGAAAUCCCCCACUUGUCUUUUUUGAAAACGUUUAGUGUAGUUAAAUUAAUAGGUGUGUACUAGUUCCAUGUAAAUACCAGUAUGCUGAUGAUGAUGAGAAAUUACAUCUCAACUAUACGAGGAAAAAAAAAAAGAAGCAUCUUGAAUACUUUUAGCUAGCAUUGUCUUGUCCUUUACACAGUAUCCAAAAUACCAUGGCAGAUUUGUUGCACACUGAACUGUCUUAUCUGACAGAUUGUUGCAUUUAAAUCACUUGUAAAUUAAAUAAAUUAAACUAAAGCAAAUAAUUCAAGAAAAGAUUUCAUGCAAUAUACAAAGUGGUUUACUGUACCUUGCUGGGCAACUUGUAGAUGAACAUAGUCAAGUGCCAAAGAGCACUGGGGAUAGCCCUAAUUUAAAGUAAAUUAACUUCAGUAAACUUAAAGGAAAGAAAUUUAAAGUAAAUCCAAAUAGUAAGUUGAAUGGGAAGGGGUGGUUGGUGUAACAUUUUAGAUUUUUUGUCUCCUGUUUCUAUUCCACAGUCGGAUACCCAGAGUUUAUACACUAAAUGUUUUAUUGUACGGAUUUCAAGAAUUACCCUCCAUUGUUUCUCUUUGUCUUUUUCACAGAGUAUUAUUUGGUAUCAUCAAGUAUUUAUUCACGGUAGAAGAAUGUCACCUUUGUGAUAGCAUUAGUUUCUAGUCAACAUUUUUAAAGGUUUAGGAGACUUUAUUAAAUAUUUUGGUGUUUCUUUAUGUCCUUCAUUACUUUUCUACAUUUAAGUGAUUUACAUGAGUAGUUAGGCAGAUACAUUUUUAAGUAUAACCAAUGAGCUGGUUGUACCAAAGAUUUGGUCUACAAUGCACGUAUGUUUGGUUGUGACUAGAAAUUUGAAAUGUCACAAUUUAAAAGCAAACAUAUCAUCAAAUCAGCAGUUAUGAGUUUGUUGGAACCUAGACCUUCAGUCUGACAUGACUGCAAUUGUUGUGUUAAUGUCACUUUAUGUGGGUUAAUUGCAUCUUUUAAGUCGUUGCAUAUUUUUGCACCUUUGCUAUGUGAAAAUCUGAUUAAAUACUUUUUAUCUGAGAUGCACUGCUAAGCAAAUCUGAGUGGUUGCACACAAGGGGCUACUCCUCUUUUUUUGUUUGUUUUUUUUAAAUUCUGUUUUCCUGACUUUUUAAAGAAAGCUGUGAGAUUUUGGAACAUUUUUAAAUUCAUCAAGUGUAGUCCAUUUGAAAGGAAUGUCAAGAUGUGUCGUGUUGUUCAGUAGCCUGAAAGUGUAUGCAAACUUUUGCAAUGAGGCUAUAUCACUGUCAGCAUAAUUGUUCAUUUACAAGACAUUUUUGUGCUGCUAAUUAAACGUCUUUAGAAUCUU